AUGCUGUCAGUUGUUCACACCAUGACGGACGAAGAUAAGGCCACUGCCUCCCGCCCCACUGGUGAGAACGGGCUCAAGGGCCGGCCAUCUCCAAUUGAACUGCCAAAGGUCCCUGAGAAUGGGGCCUUGUCAGGGGACAAGGCGCCCCUGGCGACUCCACAGUUCACUGCCACCCCGACCUUCAACAGGGCCUCCAGCCAAACUCCUCGGACGCCUCGGACGCCGUCCCUUCGCCGGUCGUCAACGUUUGUUGAUAAAGUAGCAGAGGUAAAGGAGGAAAAGUCGGCCGCAGUUGAGUCGGAGCCGCUCACCGAAGCAGAGUCGAAGCAUCGUCUUGCAAUCGACGUCCCCUUCCUAGGCAGGGUAACCUGGGAGGAACUGCGAAAGCAGGCAAUAACCUGGCUCAAGGAGCCCCUCAACAUUGCGCUCCUGUUCUGGAUCCUGGGGGUGGUUGUGUCGGGCGCGAUCCUGUUCUUCGUGAUGACGGGCAUGCUCAACGCGCAGCUCAGCAAGAGCCAGCGCAACACUUUGUUCGAGAUUUGCAACCAGAUCAUCAACGGGCUCUUCACGCUCAUGUGCAUCCUAGUCCACCCGAUCCGCCUGCAGCACGCUAACCGGUUGUACCGCUGGAACGAGAACGACAUCAGGAAAAUGCGCAAAGUGUACUGCAAGGGCAACGUGCGCAAGCCCAACGAGUGGAAGCACAUGAGUGUCGUCGUCUUCUUCCUCAACAUGAACUGCUUCUCCCAGUAUGCCCUUGCCGGCCUGAACUGGGGCUACUCGAGGCACGACCGCCCAGCGAUCGGCGUCGCGGUCACUCUCUGCGCCGCCAUCGGUUUCAGCAUUGCCGCCAGUAUUUAUCUCAUCGUCAGUCCCUUGGGGAAGACGUAUGACUAUGUUGAGAUGGAAGAGGAGGUAGAGGGGGGCAAGCUAGCGCGCCGAAUGUCGAUGGUGCAGCGGGAGGAGCGAACGGUGGGGAUCGUCACGGACCCGCAAUGGCACGGGCGGACGUUUGGGUGCCUGGACAACAAGAAGGUGUGCCUCCUGUCGUUCACGUUCUGCUUCUGCGUCUUCGGCCACAACAUGGAGCGCCUCGGCCUGGGCAACGGGCUCGUUCACACCGUCUCCUUCAUGCUCUUCUGCUCCGCCCCGUUCCUCGUCUUCACGCUCGCUGCCGGCAACCUCGACGGCAACGUCCGAAACGCGCUCACGAUCACUGGCGCCAUCCUGUCUGUGUGUGGUCUCAUGUACGGCGGCUACUGGCGCACGCAGAUGCGCAAGCGCUUCAAGCUGCCGCCGAAGUCCUGGGCCACUAAGUGCAAGACGUUCGGCGACCUCGUCUCGUGGCUGAUUGUCCCGUGCUGCUCUCUCGCCCAGGAAACCCGGACCGCCGAGUUUUACGACAUCGAAGAGGCCGCUUUCAUCCGACGCCCCGGGCAUUUCGGCGUGGGUUAUCCGCUAACCCAGGAGCAGAGCCAGCGGGACGAACACGGGCUGCCGAAGGAAGGCACCGAACUGGCGAUGCAGAGUUUCAAGUCACAAACGAGUAUGAGCAGCCCGGCCCCCAGUCAGUCUAGCUUGUCGCCGGGUUACAUGCCAGGACAGGUUACCGGACAACCAGGGCCGAUGGUUGCGCCGCCCACACAGGUUGCACCGAAACGGGAUGAGUUGAGGGAAGGGGAUGAUCAGGUGUGGACGGUGGAUGCGGACAAGAAGGGCGGGCUUUGACCGGACGCUUAGGUUGUAUUUAUCGAAGGGUUGUCGUGUAAGUGUCUUGUCAACGUAGCGCGACUGUGUGUCUAUCGAGAGGGUUCUUGUUGAGAAGGGUUCUACUGCGGCCGAUCUUGGGCUUCUUUGGAAUAAGCAACUGGCGGCUAGCAGCAACGCAAAUAAUUACGAACAGGACCGUUGCUUUCUCGUGAUUGCAGCUCUGCAAUAAUUGGUUGGUCUUAGCAGUGCCUUGAUGAUAAGAGAGCCUGCGGGCUGUUGAUAUAGACAAGCUGAACGCCUGAUCUGCCGUUGCAGUAUGUCUCAAUCGUCAAUUUGUUGCAAUAGGAUCUUGUCGAAUGCACCCAGCC